AUGAUAUCAUUCCGUCUUUCAGAACACAACUCUCCUUCUAGUUUGCCAAGAAUCCCAUUACCUUUACCUUAUUUACCCAGUGAUUAUCAACCUUCUCCUUCAAGUCCAAAACAUAUUGUUAUUUCACCAUCACAAUCCUCUUCAUCAUCAUCUUCCAAUUUAGCAACAAAACAACAUUUUGAAUUGGUGCCAUACAGAGAAUGGACUGUCAUUCUUCGCAAUGAAACUAGUGGCAAUACUGUUUUAUACAAUCAAGAAAGUCAACAAAUCUCAGUACAACGUUAUAUACCAGUACAAAACCAAGAUACUUUACCAUCAGCGCCUCAGAUUCAUCACCCUGAUGAGAAUUCGGUUGAAUGCCCUCUUUGUCAUAGACCUUAUCCAAAGAAUAUUCCUAUACCGCCAACAUACAUGGAUCGUAACUACUUUCGAUUAUUAAGUUCAACACCUACAGAUUCACCUAUCACCUCAAAUGACAACACACCUCGAACAACUAGUGGAUCACAACAGCCUAUGGAUGAACUAUUUGUUGAAACAUCAUCAUCGUCAUCAUCGACUCUUCAUUUGAAUGCCAAUGCUAUUAAUCAGGGAUACUAUUCUAAAUUCUUUCUUGAACUACGAAAACUUGGUCGUGGUUUCCGUGGCAGUGUCUAUUUAUGUGAACAUAUAUUGGAUGGAGUCAAACUUGGGAAAUAUGCUGUCAAGAAAGUAGCUAUAGGCAAUAAUCAUACAUGGCUUGUCAAGAUGUUACGAGAAGUACAUUUACUUGAACGAUUACAUCAUCCAAAUAUUGUUAGUUACAAACAUUCUUGGUUAGAAUAUGAUCGUUUGACCCCCUUUGGUCCCAAAGUGCCCUGCUUGUUUAUUCUUAUGGAAUGUGCCAAUGGUGGGAAUCUUGAAGAAUACCUUGAACCUGAAAUAUCACCUCAAGAUCAUCCGACAACAGAUAAAAAGAAAACACCAAAGGAAUUGAAACGGGAAAGGAUCAAAAGACAAUUGCGACAACAAGAUCAAUAUGAAGCGGAAACACAACAUAAACAACCCAUCCAGACUCAAAAACGGUUACUUAGUAUGAAUGAGAUCUCUUCGCUUUUUUUGGAUAUUGUGCAAGGAUUAGCUCAUUUACAUCAGCAAAAUAUUGUACAUCGUGAUCUCAAACCACCUAAUUUACUGCUAAAAUGGGAUGAACGCCGUAGAGGAUCUGAAGUAUUCAAAAUUCCUCGUGUCUUGAUCUCUGAUUUUGGUGAAUGUGAAGAUUUAGAAAGUGUUCCUGAUAGUGAUCGAACUGGAGCGACAGGUACUAUGGAAUUUAUGGCUCCUGAACAUGUUCGUCUUGAUCCCCGUGGCAAAAAUCUGGUGGAUUAUUCUCCAAAAGCUGAUAUGUGGUCUCUUGGCAUGGUCUUGUAUUAUUUAUGUUAUUCAAAGCUUCCUUACUCCAAUGUAGAUGAUGUUGAUCUUUUACGUGAAGAAAUACUUUUAUUUAAAGAAAUUAAGUUUCCUAAAUCAAGAUUGGAUAUUUUUCAAGGUACUGUUGAUUCAUCCACUGCGGCUAUGAUGGAAACAAUGAAACGUCAACAUGCUACUGAUAUACCACAAGAAUUCAAGAUCCUGAUCCGUUUACUUCUCUCUACUGAUCCAGCUAAACGGCCUUCCUGUCAAGAAAUCUUAUCCAAGUUGGAUCUAGUGAAAUUUGAUCAUCAAAAACCACAACAAGAUAUCUCUUCAAACGAUUGGACUCCUGGUGAACCUUCGGCAUCAUCAUCCGCAUCAUCAUCAUCAUCAUCAAUGGAAACACAUGUAUUGGAAGAUGAAGAUAGGAUGGACGAUACCAAUAAAAGAAGAACGAGUGGACAAACAACAGGCAAUCAAUCAUCGAGUUUACGGAAAAGACAGAAACGAAAUAAUGAUGAUUCACUUUUAUUAUUGGAUUCUCCUCUCCAUACUCGAUUGGUCAACAAUGAACAAUUUUAUCUUCGUAUGUUGAAAACGACAACAGCCGUCUUCAAGAUUGCUACAUGUACAUAUCCUUGUCAACCUUAUUCAACAAGACCCAUUCUUUUAUAUCCUGUGAUUCUUUUGGCGACCUUUGAUUUUUGGAGUGAAAAGAUAUCUCAUAGUUUAUUGUUAUUAGUUAUUCAUUUGACCUGGUUGAUUACCAUGGCUUUAUUGACGGGGGGAAUGUGUAUGUCAUGA